GCCUCCUCCCAGAGCCAGCCGAGCUGCAGAGGCAGUGGCAGCCAGAGAGGCAGGCGGAGCAGUGGAGCAGCCCGGAGGCAGAGCUGGAUCGGGGUGUUGAGUCCAGGCAGAGUAGGGAACAGGCCAUCGCUCUUGGAUCCUGUGCCUGCUGGGGGCGCCCUUCCAAGAAUUCCGGGCAGGAGGGACAGGGCGAGAUGCCACUUUAGUCUGGCCAGGGAGGCAGAUGAUGAGGAGUGAUGGGGCAGGCAUGCGGCCACUCCAUCCUCUGCAGAAGCCAGCAGUACCCCGCGGCACGACCGGCUGAGCCGCGGGGCCAGCAGGUCUUCCUCAAGCCGGACGAGCCACCUCCGCCGCAGCCAUGCGCCGACAUCCUGCAGCCAGCCAGGACCCCCUUGCACAGGAGCCAGAGCCCCCAGGGAGUAGAGACGACCGACUGGAGGAUGCUUUGCUAAGCCUGGGCGCUGUCAUCGACAUUGCAGGCCUGCGACAGGCUGCCACGGAUGCCCUCUCGGCUGUGCUCCCUGGAGUGGAGACUGUCUACACCUACCUGCUGGAUGGGGAGUCCCGGCUGGUGUGUGAGGACCCCCCGCAUGAGCUGCCGCAGGAGGGGAAAGUCCGAGAGGCUGUCGUCUCCCGGAAGCGACUGAGCUGCAAUGGGCUGUGUCCCUCAGAUCUACCAGGAAAGUUUUUGGCCAAGCUGGUGGCUCCGCUGGCUGCUGACACUCAGGUGCUGGUCAUUCCACUGGUGGACAAGGAGGCUGGAGCUGUAGCAGCCGUCCUCUUGGUGCACUGUGGACAGCUGAGCGACAGUCAAGAGUGGAACCUGCAGGCAGUGGAGAGACAUACCCUGGUAGCCCUGCGGAGGGUACAGGCCCUGCAGCAGCGCGGGCCUGGCACUGCGGCACCUGGAGACGUGCAGAAUCCUGCAGGCAAGGAAGAUCACAAGGACGGGGCGGAGCACACGGACCAUGACCGGAAGAUCCUGCAACUGUGUGGGGAGCUGUAUGACCUGGAUGCAACUUCUCUGCAGGUCAAGAUCCUCCACUAUCUGCAAGAGGAGACCCGCGCAUCCCACUGCUGCCUCCUGCUGGUGUCCGCGGACAACCUGCAGCUGUCCUGCAAGGUCCUUGGAGAUAAAGUGCUGGGGGAGGAGAUAAGCUUUCCCUUAACGAUGGGACGCCUGGGCCAGGUGGUGGAAGACAAGAAGUCCAUCCAGCUGAAGGACCUCACCCCUGGCGAUGUGCAACAGCUGCAAAGCAUGCUGGGCUGUGAGCUGCAGGCCAUGCUCUGUGUCCCUGUCAUCAGCCGGGCCACUGACCAGGUGGUGGCCUUGGCCUGUGCCUUCAACAAGCUUGGAGGGGACGUGUUCACAGACCAGGAUGAGCGCGUGAUCCAGCACUGCUUCCACUACACGGGCACGGUUCUCACCAGCACGCUGGCUUUCCAGAAGGAACAUAAGCUCAAGUGCGAAUGCCAGGCUCUUCUCCAAGUGGCAAAGAACCUCUUCACCCACCUGGACGACGUCUCUGUCCUGCUACAGGAGAUCAUCACGGAGGCUCGAAACCUCAGCAACGCGGAGAUCUGCUCGGUGUUCCUGCUGGAUCAGAACGAGCUGGUGGCCAAGGUGUUUGACGGGGGCGUGGUGGACGAUGAGAGCUACGAGAUCCGCAUCCCCGCCGACCAGGGCAUCGCGGGCCACGUGGCGACCACGGGCCAGAUCCUGAACAUCCCGGACGCUUACGCCCACCCGCUUUUCUACCGCGGCGUGGACGACAGCACCGGCUUCCGAACCCGCAACAUCCUCUGCUUCCCAAUCAAGAACGAGAACCAGGAGGUCAUCGGUGUGGCGGAGCUGGUGAACAAGAUCAAUGGGCCGUGGUUCAGCAAAUUCGACGAGGACCUGGCCACAGCCUUCUCCAUCUACUGCGGCAUCAGCAUCGCCCACUCUCUUCUGUACAAAAAAGUGAAUGAGGCUCAGUACCGCAGCCACCUGGCCAAUGAGAUGAUGAUGUAUCACAUGAAGGUCUCCGAUGAUGAAUACACCAAACUUCUCCAUGAUGGGAUCCAGCCUGUGGCUGCUAUUGACUCUAACUUUGCCAACUUCACCUACACUCCUCGCUCUCUGCCUGAGGACGACACUUCCAUGGCCAUCCUGAGCAUGCUGCAGGACAUGAACUUCAUUAACAACUACAAAAUCGACUGCCCAACGCUGGCCCGGUUCUGCCUGAUGGUGAAGAAGGGCUACCGGGACCCGCCCUACCACAACUGGAUGCACGCCUUCUCUGUCUCCCACUUCUGCUACCUGCUCUACAAGAACCUGGAGCUCACCAACUACCUCGAGGACAUGGAGAUCUUUGCCUUGUUUAUUUCCUGCAUGUGUCAUGACCUGGACCACAGAGGCACCAACAACUCCUUCCAAGUGGCCUCAAAAUCUGUGCUGGCUGCUCUCUACAGCUCCGAGGGCUCUGUCAUGGAGAGGCACCAUUUUGCUCAGGCCAUCGCCAUCCUCAACACCCAAGGCUGUAACAUCUUCGACCACUUCUCCCGGAAGGACUAUCAGCGCAUGCUGGACCUGAUGAGGGACAUCAUCUUGGCCACAGACCUGGCCCACCACCUCCGCAUUUUCAAGGACCUCCAAAAGAUGGCCGAAGUGGGCUAUGAUCGAACCAACAAACAGCACCACAGGCUCCUCCUCUGCCUCCUCAUGACCUCUUGUGACCUCUCUGACCAGACCAAGGGCUGGAAGACCACCAGAAAAAUUGCAGAGCUGAUCUACAAAGAAUUCUUCUCUCAGGGAGACUUGGAGAAGGCCAUGGGCAACAGGCCGAUGGAAAUGAUGGACCGAGAGAAGGCCUACAUCCCUGAGCUACAGAUCAGCUUCAUGGAACACAUCGCGAUGCCCAUCUACAAGCUAUUGCAAGACCUGUUCCCCAAGGCGGCUGAGCUGUAUGAGCGCGUAGCCUCGAACCGCGAGCACUGGACCAAGGUGUCUCACAAGUUCACCAUCCGCGGCCUCCCCAGCAACAACUCACUGGACUUCCUGGACGAGGAGUACGAGGUGCCCGGUUUAGGCGGCACUGGGGCCCCCGUCAAUGGCUGUUGCAGUCUUGAGGCUGAGUGACCCCCUCCAGGGUCCCUCCCUGCCCAGCCCUCUUCCCACAACCCUCUACUGGUUUGUCUGAUGCACAAGGAACCAGAGUCACGGAUCCUGGCUGCGUUGCAGGCCAGGGCGUCCUCUGAGCCCUCGCUGGGCCUCCUCCACGGCUCACAUGGACUGCCGCUGCUUCUGCAAGGGUGCUGGGGCGCCCAGUGGCAGUGGGCCCUGCCCCGCACCUCUGUGACUACACCCUGCCCAGCUCCCUCUCCACCAAGUCACUCCUCUGAGCAGCCAGUGGUCCCUUCUUUGCUCCAUGCUGGCCCACCAGGCCGGUGUCCUUUUCCCUCGGAGAACCUUCGUCUUAAGUUGGGCUCCAGCGACCUCAGAGAGGUGGAAAGUGGGACCUCCACGUGAGCAGAGGAUGGGAUCUAGCUCUGAAGACCACCUCUGUGCUGCCGGGGUGACUGGGACCCUGGGAGGAAGCUUCCUUCCAGGCAGGCAGUCCUCUGGGGAGAGAAAGCAGAGGGAAGCGCAGGGCAGGAAGGAGACACCAGCAGCUCUUCCUCACAACCGUGGCACCCUAGGCAAGCUCCUUUCCCUAGCUGGGCAAGACAGGAGGGUAAGGCAGUCUAUUCUAAGACCCUUUCAGGUCAAAGUCUCCAUAGCUCCGUGGAGUCCCAUUAGAGGCUGUGGAGCACCUCGGCCAUGCUAAGGCCCAGAGAGCCCAUCCCUUGGUGUCCCCUGACUGUGCCCCACUCCCCUUGGCCUGAGCUCCUCUUCCAUUCCUGCCCCCAGAGAGGGGCCAGGCCACACCCUGAGGGGCUUAUCUCCUCUUCAAGGCCAUAUCCACUUGUGCCCUGGGGCUCCGGUGACCCCUGACACCCCCAGGACCCUCGGCUCUUGGGUCACGGGGCCUCUGGCAUCUCUUCUGUUUUGUUCUGUGUGUAUUGUGGGUGGGGGAGGGGGCCACCUGCCUUACCUACUCUGAGCUGCCUUUAGAGAUGCGGUUUUUCUAGGACUCCGUGCGCCUGUUGUGUGUGGUCCCGUGGGCCGACCGCUUUGUACAUGAGAAUAAAUCUAUUUCUUUCUACCAA